AUGGCUCAUCAGAAAGGACCUGUUGACGGGAAUACACCGGCUAUCCAGAUCAAUGACGGGCCUCCGAUCCGCGUCGAAAACCUCCGUUCUUCCACUGGAAUUCCAGCUGUUGCCGCCUGGUUAACCCCUACCCUACCUAACUUAGAGAAUCUAGAAGAAAUCACCAGUGAUGCUCACAUGAAGCGACAGAUCAAAUGCAGGGUCUGGGACAACGCCGUCAAAUCACCAUUGGGCCGUGACCAAGAUUUCUGGCCAUCGAAGCUCUUUGAACACCUGUUCGGCAGGGAGACCGUCUCUCACAUUGUUCGACAUCUCGUCAAACAAGGUUCACUUACUGCGGAACACGGCGAGAAUUCAACCAACACCUGUCAACGGUGGACAGACACGAUUCUGGGGAGAAAUGAUACUUCUGCAAGCUAUCAUCUCAUCUUUGCGAUUCUGGUCCUCAUGCAGCAAGGCCAGUGUAUUCAGAGCUUUGUCGACGAGAGAUUCACCGAUGAAAAUCUUCCCCUAAAACGCGACCAAAUUACAGAAUAUCAAGACCAGAGAUACUACCAGUCGCAUCGCCCUUUUGGCGAAUGGGAUCCUCUGGAUGGGGAGACUUUCUACAAACUGCAAUGUCGCCUAUUCGUUCAUUACAUUGCCAAAUCCUCACAAAAGGGAGAAGUUUCCCAUUAUAGCUUCGGCGAGACUCACAUACUCCCAUGGGUCACAAUAUCCAAUCCUAUUUCAGUCGUUACACCUGACGGUGCGACAUCAAUGAGCUUGAGUGGAGGUUUCGGGGAAGUGAAGCAAAUCGUAAUACAUGCUUGGCAGCAUGGUUUCCACAAGACGCUCAAAGAGAUAUCUGCCGACCCAGGAUGUUUUGCUCUGAAGAAGCUCUACAUUCCCAAUAGACAGGAAUUCGACCAGGAAGUUAAGCACUUGAAACGAUUCGGCGGAAGACACCCCCACAUCGUCACCCUUCUUGCAACUUUCACGCGUAGUACUAAUGGUACCACUGAGUACCUUCUGUUGUUUCCCUGGGCCGAAUGUGAUCUUCUUAAAUUCUGGGAGCGUAAAUCAUUUCUUGAAAGAAAUCAUGAAUUCUUUCUGUGGAUGAUGCGCCAGAUCUGCGGCAUUGCUGAUGCUUUGAGCUACAUCCACGACCCUAACGACACGGACCACCUGGACAUCAAUGGAAAACGUCUCUAUGGAAGACAUGGUGAUAUCAAGCCAGAGAAUGUCUUGUGGUUCAAAUCGAAUGGUAGAGGCAACCUAGUUCUUUCUGAUCUUGGUCUCACCCGAACACACGGCCAGGAGAGUCGGUCCAACCGACCAGGAGCAGAAAUCCCAGUUUCUCCCAACUACAGGCCUCCUGAGUGUGAUAUUGAAGGGAAUGAGGGUCGCAUAUCUAGGUCUUUCGACAUAUGGACCCUCGGAUGUCUCAUACUUGAGUUCAUAGUAUGGACUCUAGAUGGAUGGAAAGGCUAUCAGGAGUUCAAGCAGAAGCGCAUGUCUCCAUAUAUCAAUAGCCACGACACGCCUAUCUAUUUUGAAAUUGUUCGGGUAUCCGAAGAUAACUAUGCUUUCAACAUCAAGCAAAGCGUUACUGAGGUUCGAAUGUUGAUAGUCCAAUCAGUUGACCGAAAGCGUAUCGCGUCACCUGAUCUAUGUCGAGAGUUGAGUCUCAUGCAAGACCAAAGCAGCCGAAGGGGAUACUGCAUGUCACCAACUUCAUCAUCGGCCAUCAUACAGCCUCAUGUACCGGUUCAAGCACAUCUCAACAAGGUGGCGAAGAGGCACAUUGCGAAUAUUGACGAUAGUGAUUUUGAAGCAAUCAUAAUGGACUAUGAUGGACCGACACGUUCAGCUGCCGAUAGAUAG